AUGCACCUCGAAGAGAGUCUUUCAGCCUCGAAAAAGGAGCUGAAGAGCGCAUUGGACCGUGUUCAAAUAGCCGAAGAGAUCUACAAGGCCAAUUUGGAGACAAUCACACAGCUCGAAUGCUCGAGCGCUGGCACGCAACAGGAGGGACCAUUCUCGAGCGAGCUGGAGCGUGUGCAGAGACUAUGCGCCGAUUUCCAAGAGCAGUGUCUAUGGCGGUCUGUGGAGAACAUGGAGCUCGAAGCUCAGCUGGCUGCGUCCCAAGUCGAGGCGGCUUCAUGGCGUGACAAGCACACGGAGCAAGUGAUGCAACUCGAGGAGCUGGAGAAGCAGAACCGAACACUGCGAACGCACAAGAAGAUGCUGGUGCAAGAGGUCAAGCGUUUGCAGCCAUACUCUCAAGUGAAUCUUGCAGCGCUAGUGCAGGAAGCACAAGAAGCGCGGAUGGUACAACGCAGUUUGCAGGCAAAACUGGACUCGCACAACGCAGCAUCCGACGAGGAGCCAUGA